AUGACGUACAUGUAUGAUUCUGAUGUCAUCAUUAGAUAUGGUGGAUUUACCCGAAAGGAGCAACCUAUUACGCUGGAGUUGGAAGAAGCCUGGCGCAAGAAAAAUAAGACAGUCGUGUGGGUCGUCAGUCAUUGUCACGCGCACAGCAAACGAGAGAACUUUGUCAAGGAACUUGAAAAACAUAUCGAUAUAGACAUUUACGGUGCGUGCGGUCCAUUGAAAUGUGCCCGGAACUUGAGAGAAUCUUGUUAUCGCAUGUUUGGAGAACAGUAUUAUUUCUACCUGAGUCUAGAGAACUCACUUUGCGAUGAGUACGUGACUGAGAAACUUUACUAUCCUCUGCAACUCAAUAUAAUCCCCGUGGCACUGAGUGCUGUCAAUUACGAGGUCAAGGCACCACCGCACUCAGUGAUCGACGUGGCCUCAUUCGCAACACCCCGACACCUGGCCGAUUACCUUAAACGCGUGAUGAGUGAUUACGACUUGUAUAAAUCCUACCUGGAAUGGAAACGGGAUUACGAUGUCCGAGAGUGGCAUGGCUACGACGAGAGCUUCUGUGGCUUGUGCGAAAAGUUGCACGGUCCCGAGCUAAGAACAUAUUCCGCAUAUGACAGUGUGAGAAGUUGGUGGACAAACAAAUCGGCGUGUUACACGUAUAAUGAUUCCACUUGGAUCGCUGUGCAGAGUAAGAUCAAGCUCGUGGGGAGUCCAUUAACUUCGAAUGGUAUCGUAGCAAACUAG